AUGUCGGGCCAAGAUAACGUCCCGGCCUCUCCAAGUAAAUUGGCUCCCCAUCAUAAUAUUUUCAUGGCCAACUUGGAAAGCUCCCCCACAAAAGACAGAAGUACCUCCACUCAGAAUACUUUCAACCAAAACGUUUCUUCUUCCAAAGUUAUUGAAUCACUUCACGAUCAGAUCGAUAUGUUGACAAAGGCGAAUUUACAAUUGACUCGGCAAUCUCAGAAUUUAUUGGGUAAGUUGGAAUUAGCACAAUCCAAAGAAUCGAAACUACUAGAAAAUUUGAAUCUUUUGAAGAAUGAAAACGAAAAUUUCAACUCAAUAUUCGAAAGAAAGAAUAAGAAACUAAAGGAGUUAGAGAAAGACUUUAGCGAAUUGAGCAGCAAUUACAACGAGCAAAAGGAAAAAAUGGCCGAAUUGAAUAAAGUGGCGAGAGAUUCUAGUGCCAUCGAAAAUUCAUGCUCUGAAAAAUUACAAAAUAUGGAGGUCAACUACAAUUCAUUAUUAGAGUCACAAAAUUUCUACAGAGAUCACUAUUCUGAUGAAAUUUCCAAAUUGAAUGAGAAAAUCAGUUUUCUAGAACUAGAAUUGAGUAAUCAAAAUUUUAAUUACGGGUCAGAUGCCAGUUCAAACUCAGAUAUGGAAUUCAACUUAAAUAAAUUCAAUGACUCUGUCAAAGAUUUGAAGUCCAUGGAAGCAGAGAAGGAUUCGAAAUUAAGCAAGAUAAUUUCCGAUUCUUUAAAUGAGCUGAAUUUACAAAAUUGGUUAAAUCUGUACGAGACGAGUGAAGAUUUGAUAUCAACUUUUGCUGAAAAAAUGGAUUUGAGUGAGGUUUUGGAAAAGAACGAUGAUAAGAUGGCCGAUAAAGAUGCGGUACUUAUAAGCCUGAGGAAGAAUGCGCAGACACAGAUCGAAAGCAACAACGCUAAUAUUUUGAACAAUAGCAAUGCAUCGGAUAUGCUCCCCAUCAAGAUGGUCAAAUUAAGGAAGACGUCGAACAUUAACGAUUCGUCCGCAAACGGUAGUAGCAGUAACAAUAAAAGAAGAAGUUUUUACACUGCUUCGCCAUUGCUGUCAUCAGGUUCUGUUCCCAAAUCUGCAUCCCCUGUUUUGCCUGGUGUUAAAAGAACAGCCUCUGUCAGAAAGCCAAGUUCAAGUAGUGGCAAGAAUGUAACGCAUAACCAUGAUCCAAGUACGUCGCUCACAGCCUCAGUGCCUCCAGGCGUUACAAGAACUGUUUCCUCCGCCCAUAAGAAAAAGAGGAAUAGUAUGGUUAUGCAUGGGAACCAAUCCUGA